UUACGCGUUUAGUGUACUUUGAACGAUCGUGUCGCGAUGAGCAACGUUUGCUGCUGUCGCUUCGCAGCUCUACUACUGCUUUGCGGUCUUUGGUGUUGGCCGAUCGCACUUGUUCAGGGACAACGAGUUUCCGAGCUACAAUGUCAGAGGUACAUUGCUAUGAAUACCGAAGAAUCGGCUGGGGGUCCUUUGUCACUGGAUCCAGAGGUGGUCGUUUUCAGGCGAACAAACUGCUCCACAUCCAUUGAUUUGAUAGUGAAUGGAGAGGAGGCGAUAGUGGGCGAAUUUCCGCACCAGGCUCUUCUAGGUGUACCCAUGGAAAAUGGCAGUUCGAACCAGUGGGAUUUCUACUGUGGUGGAUCAUUAAUCAGUGAGUGGUUUAUUCUGACGGCAGCACACUGCAAAUCUCCAACGAUUGUUCGCCUGGGAGAACAUGAUCUUCGUGAACCCACCUACGACGAAGAGGAUAUUGAGGUGUUGGGUUACUAUAAACAUCCAAAAUAUACUAACUUGAAAUCGUAUUACGACAUUUCGUUGGUGCAGUUAGCAAGGCAGGUGGAAUUCAACCAGAUGAUUCGUCCGGCAUGUUUGUGGACGAGUGAUCCAUUUAACAUGAGCAACGUGGUGGCAACCGGUUUUGGAAGAACUGAACACGGUAACCAGCAUGGCUCACCGGUGCUGAUGAAGGCGGUACUCAACGUGAUGGACCAAAUGAAGUGCAGAAGAAAGUUUACCGGAUACUUGAAAUUAACCGAAGGGAUCAAAGCGGAACAGAUGUGCGUCGGAAGUAAGGAAGGCAGAAAAGAUACUUGCUAUGGCGACUCUGGUGGACCGAUUCAGGUGGCUACGGAUGUGAAUACGUGUGCUUACUAUAUUGUGGGCAUAACGUCUUACGGGGGUGUGUGCGGAAUCGGAACAAGCGAAUCCGUCUAUACUAAAGUGGCUAGCUACUUGGACUGGAUUGAACAAACGGUUUGGCCUUAUGAGUAUUUGGAAAGCCGCGAAGAUCAGACCACAGAAAAGGAUACUACGCUGUUCGACAGCAGUCGAAUCUAUUUUCCCGAUUCUUAGCAAAACAGAACUGCAUAAAUUCAAGUUUGCAGUUUAUAUUUGAUUAUGAAUGUCGUAAAACGUGAUACAUUUAAGUAAAUUAUAACCGAAUUUAAUACUAUACCGUUUCAUUGCACUAGAGCUUGUAUCUUUUGACAGAUACGCUUUUUUCGACCUCAACUGUAAAUGACGUUUUCAGUGUCGUGUAUACAACACUGAAGACGCAGUUGAGGUCGAAAUACGCGUAUCUGUCAAAGGAUACAAACUCUAGUGGUGUAAGAGAAGAGCACCAACUUUCGACCCAUCAUUAAUUUUUGACCCAUUCAUACGACUGCGUCCUACUUUGUAAGGAAAUCCGAAAAUUGGCACAGAAUUCUUGUAGGUCGAACAUAAGUACUUUUCUUCUAGUGCUGAAUUCGGUUAUCAUUUAUUUAUAGAUAUUCCACUAAAUAGCUGGAAGAUUUAUUGAAGUAUUCAAGAUAACGGUUCUAAUUCUAAUAUAUUUGUAAAAAUACUUACGAAGUAAGAUUAACUCAUCGUCUACAGCAUGAGCCAAGAACAGUUUCAAAUAGAUGUGUAAUAUCACAGAUAUGGACACUUUGAUUCAUUUUUGAAGCGUGGCCCUACCCUUUUGCACUGGACCGUAUGUCAAAACGUAUCACACAUGAAACUUUAA